AUGGCGCGUCCUUUGGCUCAUAUCUACUGGAUGAUUCCCAUCUUCUCGGGCUGUGUGUGGCUCGCGAUGCUGUUGGGAAUGCUUCUUUGGUGGUCCGUCGAGCAGCACUCACCACAUCUCACGCCCAUGGAUCCUGGCCAGACUAUCGCCUACAUUUCGGAUAUUGGAGCGCACUCUCUGCAGCCUCUAUUCAUUGCUAUGGGGACCGUCACUGUUGUUACCUUCAACUUCGUCUUCGUGGCCGAACGCUGGCUUCGACACCGGGGAACGUUGGCAGUAAACACAUCUUGGUUCCAGAAAGGAUUGUCGAUAUGUUCGAUCAUUGCGGCUACCGUUGGGGCCAUUGGCCUGAUCAUCCUUACCUGCUUGAAUAACUUGCAUCAUCACCACGCGCACGACGCGUGCCUGGUAAUUUUCAUCGCGGGGUACAUCGUGUCCGCGAUUUUCAUCUGCUGGGAAUACUAUCGCCUUGGCAUCCACCACAGGCAUUUCCGUAUCCUACGCGUCUCGUUCUGGAUCAAGUUGAUGUUCAUCUUGGUUGAGUUGUCUUUGGCAAUCGCAUUCGGAGUACUCAGCGAUAAAAACCACUACAAUAGGGCGGCCGUUAUCGAAUGGAUAAUCUCUUUCAUAUAUACGUUUUACGUAUGGAGUUUCGCGAUCGAUUUUAUCCCGGCCGUUCGCACGAAGCAUUACAAGAAUAAGGCGAUGGAGCUCGACAUGGUAACCGCGGUAGAGGACGAGGAGAGCAGACCUGCGGGAUAUAGUGAGGAAAUGCAGGAGACCAACAAUGCCGCGUAUAUGAAUGCGAACGCGAGCGCGACGAGGAUAAAUGGACGGUCGGAUCCGGUCGAGGCAUCCCGGAAUUUCUAA